AUGGCUGCCAGCAGCAGUAACCCAUCACGCGGACGGAAUCAUAACCCCAAGCCUAUAUCGCAUUUCUUGAAUACUUUCAGGUCUUUCAUUGAUGAUUACGAGCAAUGUUUCUCUGAUCAACCCCCCAGCCUCAUGCCCUCCCCCGAUGCUAUUCCUGACACGAUACCAGAUACCCAGGUAGUUCCGGAGAGCCCGCCUCUCACCCAAGUUGAUGAUCUCCCAGGUACCUCUGCUGCCCUCUUUGACGAUUCUUAGUUCGCAGGUGCAGGCACAAGCUCUCAGACAGGACCAGCGGCUUUGCAAACUAGGUCUCGGGCUCGCUCGGUGACAAACUGACCUUAAGAACCGCAUCAGGUCGCCUGCGCGGAGGUUGCCGGCCCAUAUCAAUAACCCGGUUGCGUCCAGUUCUUCUAGUUCUUUGCAGAAUAAGCAGCCCAGGGUCCAGCUUCCAGAAUCGGGCACCUCGUCAGCCGGUGAAGAGGAACAGCAGCAGCUCGUGGAGGAGCGUCAGACAGUGGAGGGGGACAAACCAUCAGGCAAAAGACGCACCAAGAAGAAGCACGUGUGCAAAAAGAUCAAGUCGAAAGCGGGCGACACGGAUGAUGAGUCAGGUAGUUCUUCUGAAUAUGACAGCGAUGCCUCUCUUGGCUCUUACUGGGGAAAUUGGGAGGAUAUUUCGGGUCUCCCCGAUUGGGCGUUGUCUAGGAGGGCCAAUUCCCACCGCAAAAAAUUCAGGGGAACCCAGGAAUGGAAAGAUAAGGCCCUAGUGCAAGAUUUAACAACCUCCAUGUACACCACAUCAGAAGUUAUCCCGGGUGACCACUUCUCCCCCAAGAUGAGGGCUAAGAUUUUGAAUGGCGAAUUUGUUGACAUGUUCCAGUUGGUCCCACCUGCAGAGGAAUUAGGAAGGGGGGAAAAGAGGCCUUCUUAUAAUAAAUGCAAAAGCAAGUACCCCACAGUAUCAAGGACUUUUGAAAACUGGUUAGACGGUUUUCAAGCGUACAUGGGUACAAUUGUUGCUGCUUAUCCCAAGAGAGCGGUUCACCUUGUGGCCUACUUAUCCCACAUUAGAACGGCCUACGCUCUUUCCGGGGAGGCCGCCGCUAUUAGCUAUGAUAAGACGUUCCGCAGAAAGGCUUCCAGGAUCCCUUUGGCACGCUGGGAUCAGAUUGAAAAUGGCAUCUGGUCAGUGGCGGUUGACCCGUAUGUCGAGAUGAAGCCAUCAGAGGCGUAUCGCAUUGGAAAGCUGGACCUAAGAAAGGAUUUAAAAUGUAAGGUGUGCUGGAAAUUUAAUAAAGGGCAAUGCCAAAGGCAGUCUUGUAAGUACCCGCACGAGUGUGAGAGAUUUGCAGGGGCUCACCCAGCCGCAGCAUUUUACAAAGGGAAGCAACCCUUUCGGGGAGGUCAGGGGUUCCACCACUCUAGUUCCAGAGGAGCCCCUGCAGCAGGGAACCAUCAAUAA